AUGGAAGAUUAUACGACAACAAAAGCUCCUUUGAGUCCCGUUCAGGAUGAGCCUAGUGCUUCUCAUACCGCUAUGGUCGGAGUUCUGGUAUGUUAUUUACGGCAAGAAUGUCUUACUAAUAGAGAAUUUUGUUUUUGACUUAAUCUUUAUACGUAAUUUUGCCACUUUUUUUUAUCGUAUAUCGCCUCGAAACUUCAGAACGCUUUAUGCUCUCUUCUGGCCUACCUUUGCCCGACCGGAAGCUGUGUUGUGAAUGGGAAGGUCUACUUCAACAUGUGUCAUGUCUACAGUCUGAUUGGCAUCUUCAUUGCUCUUGUGUUCCUUGGCGCCCUUGCACUGUUCGUUGUGAUUAUCAGAGAUCAGGUACGUUAUUAAAAACAGAUAAUUUCCUCAUUUUGUUUAAUGAGUAACUCAGAAUAAUCAUCAUUUUUCAGAUGCUGCUCGAAAUUAUCCGCGAUGUUCACGCGUAAGUCGGGGGAGAUUAUUGCUUUUUGGCUUGUUAAAGUGCUUUUUUCAAAUUGAAAAUUCAUUUUCAUUUUUUCAGGGUAGUUUUUAGCUCCAAGCGCCCUUCCAAGCAAGUCUUCGAACUGGAGCAAAUCGAAAGUCCGUCUUUCGAGAACUUCCAACGCCCAAAAUUUCAAUCCACCAGAAGACGAAAAGUCAUGCCCGGAGGCGAUUUUGCUGCUUAUGAAUUUCUUUAA